AUGAUCAGGUUCCACACACUCAGGACAAGGUUCUUCAUUCUAAGGACAAAGUUCCUAAUUGUGAGGACAAGGUUCCUCACUCUGAGAACAAGGUUUCUCACUCUCAGGACAAGGUUUCUGACUAUGAGGACAAGGUUCCUUUCUUUGAGGACAAGGUUCUUUACUCUGAGGACAAGGGUCUUUACUCUGAGGACAAGGUUCUUUACUCUGAGGACAAGGUUCUUCACUCUUGAGGACAAGGUUCUUUACUCUGAGGACAAGGUUCUUUACUCUGAGGACAAGGUUCUUUACUCUGAGGACAAGGUUCUUCACUCUCAGGACAAGUUUCCUCACGCUGAGGCCAAGGUUUUUCUCUCUGAGGACAAGGUUCCUCACUCUGAGGACAAGAUCUCUCACUCUGAAGACAAGGUUUCUCAUUCUGAGGGCAAGGUUCUUUACUUCGAGGACAAGAUUCUUCACUCUGAGGACAAUGUUCAUCACUUUAAGGACAAGAUUUCUUACUCUGAGGACAAGGUUUCUCUCUCUGAGGACAAAGUUUCUCAAUUUGAGGACAAGGUACUUCACUCUGAGGAGAAGGUUCUUUAUUCUGAGGACAAGGUUCUUCACACUGAGGACAAGGGUCUUCACUCUGAGGACAAGGUUCCUCACUCUCUGGACAAGGUUCUUCACUCUGAGGAAAAGGAUUCUCACAAUAAGGACAAGGUUCCUCACUUUGAGGACAAGGUUCUUCUUUCUGAGGACAAGGUUCUUCACUCUGAGGACAAGGUUCUUCUCUCUGAGGAAAACGUUCUUCACUUUGAGGACAAGGUUCCUGACACUGAAGACACGGUUCUUCACUCCGCGGACAAGGUUCCUCACCCUGAGGACAAGGUUCUUCACUCUGAAGACAAGGUUCUUUACUUUGAGGACAAGGUUCUUCACUCUGAGGACAAGGUUCUUCCACUGCGGACAAGGUUCUUCACUCUGAGGACAAGGUUCCUCACUCUGAGGACAAGUUUUGUCACUGUGAGGACAAGGUUCUUCACUUUGAGAUAAGGUUCUUCCCUCUGAAGACAAGGUUCCACAAUCUGAGAACAAGGUUUCUCACUCUGAGGAGAAGGUUUUUUACUCUGAGGACAAGGUUCCACACUCUGAGGACAAGGUUACUCACACUGACGACAAGGGUCUUCACUCUGAAGACAAGGUUACUCACCCUGAGGACAAGGUUUCUCACUAUGAGGACAAGGUUCUUCACUCUGAGGACAAGGUUCCUCACAAUAAGGACAAGGUUCCUCACUUUGAGGACAAGGUUCUUCUUUCUGAGGACAAGGUUCUUCACUCUGAAGACAAGGUUCUUCUCUCUGAGGAAAAGGUUCUUCACUCUGAGGACAAGGUUCCUGACACUGAAGACAAGGUUCCUCACCCUGCGCACAAGGUUCCUCACCCUGAAGACAAGGUUUCGUUAUUCUGAGGACAAGGUUCUUCACUCUGUGGACAAGGUUCUUCAGUCUGAGGACAAGGUUCUUCAUUCCGAGGACAAGGUUCCUGACUCUGAGGACUAGGUUCCUCACCCUGAGGACAAGGUUCCUCACACUGAGGACAAGGUUCUUCACUCUGAUGAUCAGGUUCCACACACUCAGGACAAGGUUCUUCAUUCUAAGGACAAAGUUCCUAAUUGUGAGGACAAGGUUCCUCACUCUGAGAACAAGGUUUCUCACUCUCAGGACAAGGUUUCUGACUAUGAGGACAAGGUUCCUUUCUUUGAGGACAAGGUUCUUUACUCUGAGGACAAGGGUCUUUACUCUGAGGACAAGGUUCUUUACUCUGAGGACAAGGUUCUUCACUCUCAGGACAAGUUUCCUCACGCUGAGGCCAAGGUUUUUCUCUCUGAGGACAAGGUUCCUCACUCUGAGGACAAGGUCUCUCACUCUUAAGACAAGGUUUCUCAUUCUGAGGGCAAGGUUCUUUACUUCGAGGACAAGAUUCUUCACUCUGAGGACAAUGUUCAUCACUUUGAGGACAAGAUUUCUCACUCUGAGGACAAGGUUUCUCUCUCUGAGGACAAAGUUUCUCAAUUUGAGGACAAGGUACUUCACUCUGAGGAGAAGGUUCUUUAUUCUGAGGACAAGGUUCUUCACACUGAGGACAAGGGUCUUCACUCUGAGGACAAGGUUCCUCACUCUCAGUACAAGGUUCUUCACUCAGAGGAGAAGGAUUCUCACAAUAAGGACAAGGUUCCUCACUUUGAGGACAAGGUUCUUCUUUCUGAGGACAAUGUUCUUCACUCUGAGGACAAGGUUCUUCUCUCUGAGGAAAACGUUCUUCACUCUGAGGACAAGGUUCCUCACCCUGAGGACAAGGUUCUUCACUCUGAAGACAAGGUUCUUUACUUUGAGGACAAGGUUCUUCACUCUGAGGACAAGGUUCCUCACACUAAGGACAAGGUUCUGCACCCUGAGGAGAAGGUUGCUCACAUUGAGGACAAGGUACGUUCUUCACUCUGAGGGCAAGGUUCCUCACUCUGAGGACAAGGUUUCUUACUCUGAGGACAAGGUUCAUCACUUUGAGGACAAGGUUCUUCACUCUGAGGACAAGGUUCUUUAUUCUGAGGAGAAGGUUCUUCACUCUGUGGACAAGGUUCUUCCACUGAGGACGAGGUUCUUCACUCUGAGGACAAGGUUCCUCACUCUGAGGACAAGGUUUUUCACUGUGAGGACAAGGUUCUUCACUUUGAGAUAAGGUUCUUCCCUCUGAAGACAAGGUUCCACAAUCUGAGAACAAGGUUUCUCACUCUGAGGACAAGGUUACUCACACUGACGACAAGGGUCUUCACUCUGAGGACCAGGUUACUCACCCUGAGGACAAGGUUUCUCACUCUGAGGUCAAGGUUCCACCCUUUGAGGAGAAGGUUCUUCAUUCUGAGGACAAGGUUCUUUAAUCUGAGGACAAGGUUUCUCACUCUGAGGAGAAGGUUCCUCACUUUGAGGACAAUGUUCUUCAUUCUGAGGGCAAGGUUCUUCACUCUGAGGACAAGGUAUCUCAUUCUGAGGAUAAGGUUCCUCACUUUGCAAACAAGGUUAAUCACUCUGAGGACAAAGCUCUUUACUCUGAGGACAAGGCUCUUCACUGUGAGGACAAGGUUCUUCACACAGAGGACAAGGUUCUUCACACUGAGGACAGAGAGUUCCUCUCUUUGAGGACAACGUUCUUCACUCUGAGGACAAGGUUCUUCACUCUGAGGAUAAGGUUAUUUACUCUCAGGACAAGGUUCUUCACUCUGAAGACAAGGUUCUUCACUCUGAGAACAAGGUUCCUCACUCUGAGGAGAAGAUUACUCACUUUGAGGACAAGGUUCCUCACACUGAGGACAAAGUUACUGACACUGAGGACAAUGUUUCUCACUCUGAGGACAACGGUUCUUCACUCGGAGGACAUUGUUCUUCAUUCUGAGGACAAGGUUCUUCCCUCUGAGGAGAAGAUUCUUCACACUGAAGACAAGGUUCCUCACUUUGACGACAAGGUAUCUCACUCUGGGGAAAAGGUUCCUCACUUUGAGGAGAAGGUUCUUCAUUCUGAGGGCAAGGUUCUUCACUCUGAGGACAAGGUUUCUCACUCUAAGAACAGGGUUCCUAACUCUGAUGACAAGGUCCUCACACUGAGAACAAGGUUCUUUAUUUUGAGGACAAAGUUUCUGACACUGGGGACAAGGUUCCUCACUCUGAGGACAAGGUUAUUUAAACUCUGAGGACAAGGUUAUUCACUCUGCGGACAAGGUUCUUCACUGGGAGGACAAGAAUCUUCACUCUGAGGAGAAGGUUCUUCACUCCGAGGACAAUGUUCCUCAUUCUGAGGACAAGGUUCUUCAAUGUGAGGACAAGGUUCCUGACUCUGAGGACUAG